AACGCGUUAGCGAUACGACGUCAACGUUAAUUAAACGGAUGUGAAUUGUCCGUGCGGAUAAAGGUUCGCUCUUGCGUUGCUGCACAUUUUGUUUUAGCGGAGUAGCUAUACUCAACUUCAACAUGAAGCUCCUGUUUCCACGUGCCUUGUUCGUUCUAUUGCCGAUAUUUGUACUCGUGUCAGGAAACGACACUACUAAAGAAGAUGAAACUAAUCAUGAGCUGCAGAUAACUUUCACGUGGACGGAUUUUAUGGACCCCGGAAAAAUCACAACUUAUAUCUUGAACCAUGUACAACAAACAGUGGUACCAGAAAUCGUGAAUAGAAUAGGGAUCGGAGUUAAAGGCCUCACCAAUAUGAUUCUAGAUACAGUCCAUGAACAUAGCAUUUUUGGAGAAUAUAAUGACCACAAAACUUGGGAAACCUCGGUGAUUGUGGAGAUAAGAGAACUUCCUGAGAAGAUUCGAAAAGUUUUAAGAGGAGAAGUUGAAUCGUUUGUUGAAGAGUUAUGGGAGGGAUCACUAGAAGGAACUUAUGAAAAUGAUACAAGUUUCAGAAUCGCUGGAAGAGAGUUGAAUAAUUUACUGAAGAAGUUUAUUAAAGAAUUUCCUAAAAUGGUUCGAAAACUACUGAACAAAGAAUUUGAAUCAUUUGCACAAGGAUUCUCAAAAGAUUCCAGAUUUGACACGGUUGGACUUGUUUUUCUAUGUUUUAUUAUAAAUUACGCAAUCUGGAAAAAUUUUGAAGACUUCCGCAACAAAGUUAUGAGCACUGUAGGAAGCAAUGGUGUGAUUUACCUUCUGAACGUACAUAUUAUAUGGGGCUUUCAGAAAAUGAUUGGUUUGUUUGAAGUUUGCAUUAGCUCCUACCCUGACAUCUCGGCCGCCAUUUUCUAUGGUAUGUUAAUCUUCAGUGUUGUCCACAACCGCCAUGUAAUACUUCGUAUACUCUGGAGGAAAAAUGUCAUCGUUAGUGAUGUCCAGCAAGUGAACAACCGUCUCAGAGAAAUUGAAAACAAUCAGCAAGCUCUCAUAGAGCAAAUUGGGCAAUUACGGGAUUUAUGUACUGAGUGCCGUGGACAAGCUCAGAGAAGCCCUCUUGCCUCUCAAAAGUGAUUGCUGGAUUUUUAUCUCCCUACCUAGUGUAGCUAGACAAGCACAACACAUGAACCAAAAUUAGUAUAAAAAUAAACUAUAAUAGGUAGGACUGCCUUUGGUUAUUAUUAUGAUAAUAUCUAUAUACUGCAGACUAAUGACUAUACAUAAGC